AUGGAUGGCAUGUCAGGGCGUCAGCGAGGGGCAAGCAGGGUGGGCAUCCGAGACGAUACUGCGGUAAACGCAGACGGCCAAGUUUCACACCCAACAGGCAGAAUUAGUUUCGAUUCGAUCGCGGAUGCCUUGCCGUUUCACGGGGCAGGUUGUGCGAGGCGUGGCGUGGCCCUGGUUGAGGAGGAGGAUGUUGGUCUGGUGGGCGGCGGGAGACGGCAGGAGAUCCCAGCGUCGUCGGCCGCGCUCGGGCGCGCGCGGCGACGACUCCGCGAUUGGCUCGUGCCUCUUGUUCAGGAGGACGGGGGGCGGCGUGCGCAGGUAUUGCCAGGGCGCUCGGCGCCGGACGGCUGCACCGUUGAGGCGCGUCCAGUGUCGGCCGGGGUGGAGCUCGGGUCGGUUUGGGCGUGUGCGCGUCGUGCGCGUCACCCGUGUGCCUCAUGCUCCUCUCCCCCGGGCCUUCGCCAGUUUGCGACGGGAGCCGCUGCUUAA